AUGCCGCACACCGAAGUGCAGACCCGGAAUCUUUAUCGAAGCAUUUCAAAGAUCAUGAUCUCCCUUGCCAAAAUUUCACAGCCCCGAAUUGGUUCCUGGACGAUUGAUAACGAUGGACGAAUUAGCCUAUCCAUUCGUCCCAUGUAUUGUCAUCUCCACCAACUAGAGAAUUACGCUAUUCCUUCUGGUAUUCCACGGAAUAUGACUUACACGGGCGCUGAUGGUUUCUAUCUUGACUUACUUACUGGCCACGACAACCGUCUCCGGCAUCAGGCGAAUGCUGCUUUUGACGAAGCAGAUGCACGUGGACAAGCCAAAGACCUAGUCCUUAUGAGAGCGCUCCUUCAUCUGUUUACUGACCGGCAUCUUCAUAACAGUCCAUUUGUCAUGCAACUGGCAGAUAUGCAUGCUAGCAAUAUCUUUGUUGACGAGGAUUGGAACAUCAAGCAUGUUGUUGACCUUGAAUGGGCAUGCUGCCUGCCCCUGGGGAACCUGUUGCCUCCAUUUUGGCUAACUGGACAAAGUGUUGAUGGACUUGAUGGCCCAGAGUAUGAACAGUUCAAAGCAUGCUAUGAGCAAUUUACAACAAUAUUUGAACAAGAGGAGACAGACACACCAUUACACCACAAAGGAAGUUUCUACUCCCGUGCAAAAGUCAUGAAGCGGGCUUUAGAUGAUGGGCAAAACUGGUACCUGAAUGCGCUGCAAACCCCAAAGGGUUUGUUUAACCUUUUCAGAACACACCUUCAGCCAUUCUUUGACGAAGUACCUAAAGAGUCCCUCCGCGCAGCUGUAUCUCCAUAUUGGACACCUGGAAUGACAUCAAAUUCAUCAAUUGUGGAAUCAAAGCUAAGAGACUAUGCCAACUAUCGCAAAGACGUUCACAAUGUCUGUUUUACAGUAAAUACAGCGGAAAGGCAUAUUGAUAAACUACAAUAG